GCGCUGCCUAAUGACAUUCACGGACGUUUUGCGUCGAAGCUAGCGCCCUUUGGUAAACCCAGAGAUGCACAGUUGCGCUUCUGACGCGAGCCGCCCGCUUUUCACGUAGAGACGGUCGCGGUCUCCAAGCUCGUUUCUAUGAACCUCCUUUAAACAACAUGGCGCCAGUUUGCAGCUGGGCAGCUGUCGAUUGUAGCGAUAAAGCUGUUUGUUAAGGCAUGGCAAUAGCCACAUUCUGUGUAACCGCUGUUUCCGAAUACCUGGAAAGGCAGCUUUUAAGGUGACUAGUCUUCCUUCUUGCUCAGCCUGGUGAGGAUUUAGCGCUGUGCAAGCGGCAGCAUCUUUCAGACUUGCGAUGACAGGUUGCGAAGACUCACCUGCUUAGAAAGACGAAGAGAGACGUUUUGCUGUUAUCUCUCGGAGUGACUUAGGCUAAUGGUAGUGGCUGAUCCUGCUGACUCGAACCUGGAAAGAGAUCGUGCUAUCAAAAGUAAAAGACAAGUUCACCAAAAUGCAAUAUCGGCAGUCGCACGGUUUAAACAGAGCGAGACUUUUCAACAAGUCUUUCCAGGGUUGAAACAUUGCCGUCAAACAUGAAUGAGGACACUUUUUAUUCAGUUUCUCAGGAAGGAAAAGGACGAGAAAUGCUGCCCCCAAUCCUGAAUGCUUCAGCUUCUGGGGGUUUUGACAGGGGAACAAAACAGCAGUUUCCCAAUUUCAGCAGUUUUAUCUCAACCGUAAACAGGAGGAGAGAAGUGGUGAGCAGCCGAAAUUUCUCAGCGCAACUUGUUAUCCCCAACGGAAAGCCUGGAGUGAGAGAGCUGCCACCUAUCCGACAGAAACAUCGGAUCUCCAUAGACACACUUCCUCCAGAGGUGAAGGCCCCUGUUCCCCCUGAGCCCAUCAUUCCCCUCCGCACAAAAACCGUAAAGGAAUUCCAGGAGGACAUUGAAAAGGCGAUGAGUUCUGGGGACUGGAAAUCAGUACACGAUUUCUACGUGACUACCUUUGACUCUUUCUUGGAACUGAAUGCUGCCUUUAAGAAAGAUCCAAAUGCUCCAUUUAACACUAUUGAAGAUCCAGGAAUUAAUACCAGAUUUGUAAAUGCUGUUUACGAUGCCUUACUCAAUACACCACAAGACAUUCAAAAGUCAGUGCUGAAAGGAAUAAUUAACAGUUUAUUAAGAGAAUGGAAAGGACCACGAACAAAAGAUGACCUAAGGGCUUACUUCAUACUUCUCCAGAAUCCCCAGUAUACAAGCACAUCCACAUAUGUCAUAUAUGCACACCUGCUGAGGCAAAUGGCAUCUUUGGCUGAGGCAGAUCAUCAUUUCUUGGUUCACUGGUUUAAGAAGCUGUCGCAGAGGAGGUUCAAGCAGCUGGUGGACAGGCUCCUCCAGUUUAUUUCCCUGCGUCUCUUCCCUGCCAAGCCUGACGAGCUGCCCUCCAUGGUAAAGUGUGCCUGGUGGAUUCCUUCAGCAACCAGAGUCCUCUCUUUGCUCAAUGCCGCAAAUACCAUUUCUAAUCCUCCACUUAUCCCCUUCACGGAUUUCUAUAACUCAUCCCUGGACCACAUUGACAUCAUGGAAGACUAUCAGACUUGGCAGUGCUAUGGAAAUUCACAAAGGUUCUCUUUCUGCCAGUUCCCUUUUAUUCUCUCUAUAGGGGCUAAGAAAAUGGUCAUCCAAAGAGAUUCUGAGCAGCAGAUGAUAAGCUUAGCCAGGCAAAGCCUUGUGGACAAAGUGUCUCGCAGGCAGAGAGUUGACAUGAACCUGCUAUUUCUCAACAUCAAAGUACGACGAUUGCAGCUAGUUAGAGACUCACUGGAUGAGCUAUCAAGAAAAAGGGCGGAUUUAAAGAAGAAGCUGAAAGUUACCUUUGUGGGAGAAGCAGGUUUAGACAUGGGUGGCUUGACAAAGGAGUGGUUUCUCCUGCUGAUUCGACAGAUUUUCCACACAGACUAUGGUAUGUUUACAUACCUGAAGGACUCCCACUAUCACUGGUUUAGUAACUGGAAGUGUGACAACUACUCUGAAUUUCGACUGGUAGGAACUCUGAUGGGUCUGGCUGUGUAUAAUAGCAUCACCCUGGACAUCAAGUUUCCCCCGUGCUGCUACAAGAAGCUGCUGAGUCCUCCCAUAGUGCCUUGCGACCAGAACACUCCUGUGGGAAUUGCUGCUCUCACCCUGAAUGACCUGCAGCAGAUAAUGCCUGAGCUUGCUCAUGGACUUGAAGAGCUCCUAGCUUACGAAGGCAACGUUGAAGAGGACUUUUAUUCAACAUUUCAGGUUUACCAAGAAGAGCUGGGAGUUAUAAAAUCUUAUAACCUCAGACCAGGGGGUGACAAAAUUCCUGUUACGAAUCAGAACAGGAAAGAAUACGUUCAGCUGUAUAUUGAUUUCCUGCUCAACAAAUCCAUUUACAAUCAGUUUGCAGCCUUCUAUUAUGGGUUCCACAGUGUGUGUGCUUCAAAUGCCCUGAUGUUGCUGAGGCCAGAGGAGGUCGAGAUGCUGGUGUGUGGAAGUCCAGACCUAGAUAUGAGUGCCUUACAGAAAGUCACUCAGUAUGAAGGCUACAGCAAGUCAGACCCAACCAUUCGCUUUUUCUGGGAUGUCGUGCUAGGAUUCCCCUUGGACCUACAGAAAAAGCUGCUUCAUUUUGCCACGGGCAGUGACAGAGUUCCGGUCGGUGGAAUGGUUGACCUAAACUUUAAAAUCGCUAAGAAUGACGUCUCAACUGAUUGGUUACCGGUAUCUCACACUUGUUUUAACCAGAUUUGUCUGCCACCAUACAAAAGCAAGAAGGAACUGAAACAAAAGUUAACUAUCGCUAUCUCAAACACAGAAGGGUUUGGCCUGGAGUGACUGCCACCAGCAUAAAGCUUGAACUUUCCAGAAACAGAUUUUUUAUUUUAUCCCAGCAUUAGAAAUGCUAUACUCCAUUGAAGCUGGGGAAGAUUUAUAGUGUGUAAUAAUGUUGUAUGUUUUUUAAGUGCCCUUGGAGAGAGAUUGAAGCUUCACAUAAUUAUUUAAUUGUAGACUACACUGUACACUGAGUAAUCACACCAAUUACAGGUUUUUGCCCUGUUUUACAGAAUAGCUUCUCCUCCACUGUCUACUUGUAAGGAAAAGACAAGGGUUCUUACCAGUCAUUUUCACACAACAAAUAAAGAGAAUGAAGGGGGAGACCUUUUCUAGAAGGGAGAUGAUGCAUAGCUGAAAUGAUGACCUUCAAUUCCUGAUUACAGUCUACAGGAAUAUUGCUUGACACUCCUGUUUACCUCACUAGAGACAUGAAGUGUCUCUGGCGAGACUCAUAAGCAUAUUUACAAGAAAACACGUGUGCUUUGGAAUGUUAAAAAGUUAGAAGGCAAACAGAUAAGAAAACAGAGAUUUCAUUACAUGUAGCCUGUUAGUGAAACUGUCUUUCGACUUUUUAAUGCCUCAAUAACUUUUUAUUUCAAGCUAGUGAUUCUAAAAUUACUCAGAACCUUAGUGCCUAGUCCUUUGCCUUAUCUUUCUUAGUGCAAUCAAACAAAAUGCUUUUCUGAAAAGGCAUUAUUCUCCUAAACUUUUAUCUAUAUUCCUUCUUCAAUGUUUGAAGUAAUGUGCCACAGUAAACAGACUAGGGAACUUUGUUGUUUUUGGAAACAGAUGACUAAAUCUAGCUUAGACAGGGUUUGGCUCUGUGAUAAAAUAGUAGACAGACUGUCAGAUUUGCUCUGAGGGAAAAACAUUUAAAUAAAUAGGGUUAAAGCCUCCUGGGGGAGGAAUAGAGAAAUUAAUGUAAUUUGAACUUGUAGAAAGUGUUUAGUAGACAGAAAAUCUCUGCAGGAUAUCAUUUUUAUGGUAGAAAGUGAUUGCUGUGAUUCUUGAUACACAUUUUAGACAAACAGCUAUUUAUGCUGAGAUUUGUAACAUUUUAUAAAUGAAAUGCUUUAUACUUUCUAAAAUAGACUUUGCUAUUAUUAUGUAUGUCUACAAAGUUGUGUCACUUGUGUGUUUUUAUUUAAACUUAAUAAGAAUAUUCAUAAAACAUUUGCUAUAAGUAAAGACAGAUUUAAUAUGUGAUUUUAUCUGUAGAAAUGUAAUCUUACAUACCUCCACCAAGCAUCAGUACAAUGGUAAAAAUGACACUGGUUUGUGCAAUGGUUAUGUAAUAUUAUUAUUACCCGUGACAACAUAAGACAGAGUAUCUCAAUGUUGUAUUGUAAUUUGUUAAAUUGUUUUUUGAACAUUAGCAAUUUAGGGGUAUGUUAUGAACAAGCACCUCAUGUCAUUUUGGUGUUUUAAGUGUUUUUAGGCCUAAUAGUAGUUCAAUACUACUGUAUGUGGUGAAUAUGUACAGUACAUAAGACAGGACAAGGAUAAUUUUCUGACUCUGAAAAGGUCACUGAUUUUUCCUUUCUUUUUUGAAGUGUGAGACAGACUUCCAAACAAAAUUAUUUUUUCUGUUUUUACUAUACACCAUUGUUAAAGUUGCUGAAAUUUCAGACUUGUUUUUCGUUUUUUCUUCUUUUACAGAAAGAUAAGCUGCUUUUUUUAAAUAGCUUAUCAACAUUCAUGAUUUUGUUUUCAGUUGGCUUAACCAUGAUAUAGACCCUAUUUUAAUGGGAAGAACCACAUUAACAACAUGAAUCGAUUUUAUUUCUUGAAUAAGUCACAAUUUCAAGUAAAACAGAAGGGAUUGACAGUAGUCCUAAUCAAGUCUGAUGGAGUCUAGAGCAGGAUACCCUGUCAUUUGGUAUAAAAAAGGAGGACCAUCAUCUUAUUGAAGAAGUCAUUGAGACAGCUUUUUCAGCCUGUUGUAUGUACAGCACAGUCAUAUUCUUGUUAAGAAUGGAGUCGAUAUAUGUCAAAGUGUUGUAUUUAUUAUUUAUUCUAAUUGUAUAAGUAUUUGUCUCAAACCAUUAAAUAUCAACGUAA